UUAAAAAGUAUGGUACCCGCCUGUUUGUAAAUUGUAAUUGUAGUAUUUUAUCUAGGAAACGAAAAAUUAUUUUUUCAUUUAAAAAAUAAAAAUACCAAAAUGGAAAUGGACAUUUCACACGAUAAAUAUUUUACUAGUUAUGAAGAUUUAGAGAUACAUAAGCUUAUGUUGGAGGAUGACCCUAGAACUGAUGCUUAUAGAAAGGCUAUUUUAGAAAACAAAUCAUAUUUUAAGGAUAAAGUAGUAAUGGACGUUGGUUGUGGCACAGGUAUUCUCUCAAUAUUUUGUGCCCAAGCUGGUGCUAGGAAAGUCUAUGCCGUUGAGGCUAGCAAUAUGGCAAAUUUGGCUAAGGAAAUAGUCAAGGAAAACAAUUUUGAAGAAAUAAUAGAGGUCCUGCAUGGUAAAGUAGAAGACAUAGUUUUGCCAGGAGAUAUCAAGGUUGAUGCAAUUGUGUCAGAGUGGAUGGGCUUCUAUCUACUCCAUGAGGGAAUGUUAGAUUCGGUACUUGCAGCCAGAGAUAAAUUCCUCAAACCUGAUGGUGAAAUGUUUCCAGAAAGUGCUAUUAUCUAUGUAGCUCCAAGUAGUGUCCCUGAUUUAUACAACAAAUGGAAAAACUUCCACGGUGUUUCAUUAUCAAUGUUUUCCAAACACCUAAGAUCAAGUAAAAGUGAUAAACCUGAGAUAAUGCAAAUUAAAAAAGAGGACCUCCUUGGUAACGAGGUUGCUAUAGCUUGGAUUAAUUUACGGGAAGAUACUCCUAAGGAUCUUGACUCUUAUAGCAUUCAACAUGUUGUGGGGGCAAUUAAAAGUGGACAAUAUCAAGGCAUAUGUGUCUGGUUUGAAUGCAAUUUCCCUGAAUUAUCAAAUAAUGGUAGAAUAAUACUAAAAACCGGACCAGACAGUCCCCUGACACAUUGGAAACAAACAGUUAUACUUUUACCUGAAGAGCAGAAUGUAGAGGAACAGGAACCUAUUUCAUUUCAAUUGGAUAUGAAGAGAGAUCAAUUUAACGCAAGACGAUACAACCUUCAGCUAACAUUACUAGAUCCAGAGGAGGUGGAACAUCCAGUGCCAUGUACUUGUCACAUGACAAAGUGUAUCCUUAUGAAGGCUGUUAUGCUCCAACAUGCUGAACAUGCAUUGAGCCAAAAGGAAAAUACAAAUUCCAAUAUAUUAGAAGAUGAUAACAUUGAUGAUGAUGAUGAUGACUGCAGUGACAAAUGAACACAGUUUUUUAUUUUUAAUA